UAGUUACAUUUUUCGUAUAAAAUAUUAUAUAUUAAAUGUUUCUAGCGCUAAUACUUCUCGCGCUCUUUUUCCAGCGGAAAUCAGCAUUAGUUUCAUCCGAAUGGUAUCCACAAAUAAAUGUCGGCGAUGUGCCGCCCAAUGGAAAACCAUACCAGAUAGUUCGCGUAAUUGAAUAUAUUCUGCCCUUUCCUUAUAAAAUAUCCAUGGGGAAAAACGCCAGAUCACCAAGUGCUACCGCUACGCCGCCCGAUAGCUUGGAAGUGAUUCCCGCUCGUAUCGAAAAUUUUCUAGCCAUGGAACAGGCCACUACAAGUACACCCAAACCGAAAGCGACGAGGCACUUCCUGUUGAAGGUCCUUCGUGGAAACACAAUCAUCUGUAGCGGGGCUUUAAUCUCCGGCCGGCUGGUUCUCACCUCCGCCCACUGUUUUGUCGAUGGACCGACCGAUGGGCAGAAACACAAACCCCUGGCCCAGGAAUACAAAGUUCAGGCCAGCCGCAGUCGCAUCUACGAUGUGGUGAACAUUAUCCUUGGCCCAGACGCAAGCAUGACCGAAGACAUGGCCCUAGCUCUUCUCAAGGUAUCCGUACAGGAUGCCUAUGUCCAGCCGGUCGCACUUUGUGACACCCAGCUCCAAAGACCGGACAAUGUCACCAUGUACAUGUCACAGCGUCAUCUGCGUUUCCUACGCACCGAAGUCAUCACCAAUGGGGCUUGUAAGCGGAGCUAUGCGCUGGACGAAUCCGUCUUCAUCACCGCCACAAUGUUGUGCGCCAGGAACUCCAACAAGGUGGCCGACUGCCAGACGACCAGGGGGGAUCUCCUGCUGCAUCAGGACACAUUGUGCGGCAUCAAUAUAUACGGAUCACACUGCUCGGAGGGAUCAAUAAAUGGGGACCUGUAUGCUAAUGUCUUUAAAGCGAGAAAGCAGCUUAAGCGACUAAUCAAGACUUAUGGUUGAACAAAAUCCACCAAACAUUUUUUACAUCAUUGAAUUCAAUACAAUAAUGUUUAUUUGUUCUGACAUCCAAUUAAAUUUGAAAAAUGUUC